CGUACUCAUCGUCACAUAUAUAUAUAUACUUCCCCCCGCCAGCCAACUCCCAUGCCGCCUUCGCCCCCCAGCUCAGCAGCUGCGGACCAAUGGAACAUAGAUUACGUCAACGAAGACCACCUCAAAGCAUUCGCCCAAGCCCUUUCCUACAAUGAUGUCCAGCCACUUGACGGCGACAGCUCACCCCUCUCUCCAAGGUCGUUCUCAUUGCCUCCAGAAUCCCCGCAACUGUCCACAGCCAGCGUAAAGGCUCCUCCUCCAACGUGGAAAUACGGACCGGAUAAUGGCACGCUCAGGAGCGGAAGGGAUACUGAAGAAAGAGUGGAGAAACUUACGGCGACUAGUGAUUUUGCUCCUAUACACCAACGCGUUUCUCGAAAACGCCAACGAGCAACCUCUCAAGGGCUCACCUACAAUGUUAUCCGAUGGCCGCUCCUCUUUUUUAUAUUCUUCAUCAUCUACCUCGAAUUUUCUGCCUACGUUAUAACUCGCCAAAUUGUCAACAUAUUCGAAUGGCUGGUCGCUUGGAGAGGAUAUAAAGCCAAGCUGAGGAAAGAGUUGAGGAAAGCCAAAACAUACGACGAGUGGGUAAAUACAGCCAAGAAGCUUGACAAGCAUCUUGGAUUUGAUGACUGGAAGGAUGUGGAAGAGGACUCUUAUUUUGACUGGGCAUUGGUUAGAAGAGUCAGGAGAACAUUGACCAGACUGCGGGCUGCAAAUGAUACAAGGGGUUUGAUGGACGCUUUGGCUGUUUGCGUUAGAGCCAACUUUGCUGGAACCGAGAGUGUGAAGAUGUACAGCGAGACCUUUAUUGGCACCAAGAAAGCUGUUGAAGCACAUAUCAAAGAAGUAGCCGCCUGCCUGGACUAUGUGAGGACAGCCACCGACGUCUCUUUGGAGGAGAAACGAGCAUUUUUCAGAGCCGUCAAUAAGCACUAUGGGUCUAGUGCUCUAUGUCUGUCAGGCGGUGCCUCCUUUGGCUAUUAUCAUUUCGGUGUCAUCAAAGCCUUCCUUGAGGCCGAUCUGCUCCCUCGAGUCAUCACUGGAACAUCCGCCGGUGGGCUUUGUGCUGCUCUUUUAUGUACACGAACAGAUAGCGAGCUCAAGGAACUUUUGGUCCCCGAAUUGGCCGAUAAGAUCACUGCAUGUUCAGAUCCCUUCACGGUAUGGUUCAAACGCUUCCGACAGACGGGUGCUAGAUUCGAUACUAUUGACUGGGCGAGAAGGUCCAUGUGGUUCACAAGAGGGUCUUUGACUUUCAAAGAGGCGUAUACAAAGACGGGACGAGCCUUGAAUAUUUCUGUAGUGCCGUCCGAUCGUCAUUCACCCACAAUCCUUCUUAACCACCUCACUGCUCCCAACUGCCUCAUCUGGUCAGCCAUCCUUGCAAGCGCUGCCGUUCCCGGUAUUCUGAAUCCCGUGGUGCUCAUGGCUAAAGACCGAAGUGGAAAUAUCAAGCCCCACAACCUGGGCGGUUCCCGGUUCAAAGACGGAAGUCUUCGCGAAGAUAUACCUCUUGGAAGCCUACACACUCAAUUCAACUGCAACUUUUCCAUCGUCUCUCAGACAAAUCCGCACAUUCACCUUUUCUUCUUUGCGCCUCGUGGUUCCGUUGGCAGACCUGUAGCGCAUCGUAAAGGAAAAGGUUGGCGAGGAGGCUUUAUUCUCUCAGCUCUAGAAUCCUACAUCAAGCUUGACUUAUCCAAACACUUCAAGGUGAUCAGGGAUUUGGAUCUCAUGCCUCAAAUUCUGCAGAGUGACUGGAGUGGCGUUUUUUUGCAAAGAUUCUCGGGUGAUUUAACCUUAACUCCGAGAAGUACCAUCGGGGAUUGGUUCCAUAUCUUGUCGGAUCCCGACAGGCCACAAAUGAAAAGAAUGUUGAGGGUGGGCGAACGAGUGGCGUGGCCUGCUUUGGGAAUGGUCAGGAACAGGAUGACGGUUGAACGUGCCAUACUCAGAGGCCGCAGCGAAGUCCGUACUGCACUCAGUCAUGACCGUACAUCAAACGACCCUGCGACUUCCCUACCCGAAACAAACCCGGAGCUUACCGGUGCAUUGGACCAUGUCCCUAUCGAAUCGGAUGUCGAUGCAGGAUUUGUUUCCCGUUCGCGUCGUGCUCGCAACAAGACGGGCUCAAAGGGUGGUGAUACCCCAGAAGAACAGCUCAAUCUAGCAGGCGUUUUCCAGCUUGAUGAAAGUAGCAAAGGUGUACGAAGAAGGAAGCAAAAGAAGAGUGGAAUGCCUCUUGUUGCAGAACCUCUCGGCGAGCUACCAGAGGUUUCGCCAACUCAUUCCCCCAUAGCAACGGAAAGCCCUCAACGGAAUUAUACGUCGAAUUUCGGUGACAGCUUCCGACACGUACGAGCUCCUUCCCUUCCAGCAUUGAGCUCUCCCUUCCGUUCUAUCCGCUCAAACACUUCGUCCUCUUCUAACAACGUGCAAUCUCCAUCCUCUUCACAGAGAUUCAGGUCUCAACUUAGUAUCACAAGGUGGUUCGGCGGUGUCUCGGAAAGUUCCUCGGAUGAAGAAGACGAAGAUCUUGGCGGUUUGCAGAGUGGCGAGGCUACAGCGUCGUCGGGAGAAGAAGGCAUCCCUACUUUCCAACUUGAUAGUGCUGUCGAAUCCCAUUCCGACCGUUCGGAAGACGAGAUGCUCCACUCUGGUGCUAAUGUCAAGGAAGAAUAUCAAAGCGAGGAAAGCGAGGGCAAAAUCCCAAUCCCCGGAGGGGAGAGGGUGACUCAAGAGAAAAUUGACUCGUCUAUGGCGAGCGGAGAGAGGCUGAGACCGGCUGGUGGAAGCAAAGGCAGUGCCAAGACGCCACCUGUUCAGGAUGGAGCGUAAGCAACUGUAUCGUAUGCGUGUAUCUUUCAUAUCAUGUUUGUAGCAAGUAUG